AGUAAAGGAGUCUUGAGUGGCAAGAAUUAGAUAAUCAACGAUCGGAAUUUGAGAGUAUCAAUGGCGGAUCUCUCUGCCUCAGCGUCUCGUUCUCUCCAUCAAUUAUUGCUUAUCCCGUUGGUUAUUGCAACAACAUCUUUCUUCGAGGUUAAUGCCGACGAUGGCAGAGUAGCGGGGAGUUCUCACCAGAGAGAAUUUGAUUACUUCGCUUUAUCCCUGCAAUGGCCUGGCACCGUCUGUCACCGAACUCGCCAUUGUUGCUCCAAAAAUGCCUGUUGCCGAGGCUCAAAUGCUCCAACUGAAUUCACAAUCCAUGGACUAUGGCCAGACUAUAAUGAUGGCACCUGGCCUGCUUGCUGCACAGGGUCUACCUUUAAUGAAAAGGAGGUAUAUCACGACAUGCUGGACACCCUUGAGAAGUACUGGCCAUCUUUAAGUUGUAGCUCACCAUCAUCUUGCCAUGGUGGAAAAGGAUCCUUUUGGGCUCAUGAGUGGGAGAAGCAUGGAACUUGUUCUUCUCCAGUAGUUCGAGAUGAGUACAGUUAUUUCAUUACAACUCUCAAUGUCUACUUCAAAUAUAAUGUUACUAAUGUACUGUAUGAAGCUGGAUAUGUUCCAUCUAAUACUGAAAAAUAUCCACUUGGCGGUAUCAUCUCUGCCAUUGAAAAUGCUUUUCACACGACCCCGUUACUAGUUUGCUCAAAAGGUGCAGUUCAGGAACUUCGUUUGUGCUUCUAUAAGGAUUUUAAGCCUCGGGACUGCAUCAUUUCAAGCGAUAUGUCCAAAAGAAACACAUGUCCCAAGUAUGUAAGCUUGCCAGCAUGUGCAUCAGUAGAGCCCAGAACAGCAUUGAAUGAGGUUUCAGGAACAUCUCUUCCCAGUGGCUCUGUGCUGGAUCUAUUAGGAAUAAUGUCCGUGUUGGCUUUUCUUCUUUGAAUAACUUUAGCUGGAAAUGAAGGUUGGAAUGCCUUUCGUCUAUUUUAUUUUCAUUUUGGGUGUCGUGUUCGAGAACUCCAGAUGGGAACGGAGAUGUAUCAUGCACGCAGAUGUUCAUGAUUUAGGCUGGGAUACGUCUUAUAAGCACCAAGAUGUGCUAUAUUCCCUGUUAUCCUGAAAAACUAAAGAAAACAAAUUCUACUCGCAGAUGUUCUCUUUUCCGUAGCACAAUGCAGCAGAUGCUGCAAGCAACUUGUGCUCAGUGUUUCUUCACGUGUUAAUUCUUCAUCGAAAUGUUUAAAGUUUGUGAAAUUAAAGGACAUAUUCUUAAUCUCUAUAAAACCAUUGAAUCAUAAAGGUGGAAAACUGGCAUGAUUGAUUUACGGGGCAUGUCAACAGAUACCUAAUGGUUAGACUAAAGAAUGGGGCAUGUUCAAAGUCACUAUAUUGUGGGGCAUUUUUCUUAUGUUGGGAAUUUAGGAGGGUAAAAUCUUUCUGGUUUAAAAGUCCCCUCACUAGUGGAAUAGCGGGAAGAGGAAUUGAAGAUAUUGCAACCAGUUUUAGUGCGCUGUAGGAGCAGCCAUCACUACUUUUUUAUUUUGCACUGCCUUUUCUUGUUAUUUGUUUGCUGCUAGAGACAUGCAGUACGAAUUAAUGAAGACGAAUUUCCAGGUCCGGUUUUCUGUGAGAUGGUAGCACGUAGCCUAGACUUAAGUUACUGGCCAGCAACGAGUGUUUAGUAGCAUGGAGCACUAAAACUUUUAGAUUCUGAAAAUUUAGAAUCAACUGUUGGCCUUGACACCAUCUUAUGUGGUAAACUGUUGAUCUCCUUGUUAAAUACUGUUGGUGAAACUCCCGGAAGUCUCCCUUUCCUGUGGAUCCACAUGGGUGCUUUGUGUCAAUUAUGGGUGUUAGCAAUCAGACGUCCUACUGGCAAUUAUUCUCUUGUUAAAAGAUUAGGAUAUUGAAAUGUAUGAAGUUUUGAGCUGCUAUUCACCUGAAAAUGGAGUCAAGUUGAAUUCUUUUGAUUGCCUUAUUGACAAGUCUGCCAGAAAAGUUUCAUGAAAAAUGCCCUGGGGAGAUUUGAUUCAAUUACAUGUU